UCUAGCAGAUGAGAUCUAGCCACAGUGCUUCCUUGCCCGAAGCCUGAAGCAACAAAAAGGCCAACGGCGAAAAAUCGCAUUCCUGGUGGUUGCGGAGAUUUCGCAGAGCGGUGGCCGGCGGUUUUACGGUGGGUGAUUGACGGCGUGAGGCGUGAUUCGGCGGUUGUCCUCUUCGGCAAAAGGGUGGGCGUCAAGGCCAGUUACAGCGAGAGCACACAAAGUCCUGGGUUCAAAAGGGUGUUAUAGUCAGUGAUGGUUCAACCUGACUAUUUAGAUGAAAGGGAAUGGGUUUGUGGACAUUACUUGAAGGGCUUUUGCUUCUUGCCAAUGCUCUUGCAAUAUUGAAUGAGGACCGUUUCCUAGCUCCCAGGGGCUGGGGCUUCCAAGAAUUUCCAGGCGGCAAGGCGAAAUCAUUAAAAGGACAGGUUAUAGGUCUCAUUUACGCGACCCAGUACUUAAGGGUUCCCCUUGUUAUUUUGAACAGCAUUUGUAUAAUCAUAAAGCUGGUCUCUGGCUAGUAUCUUGUAGUAACCGUACCCUAUGAGAAGCUUCAUGGGUAUCUCCUUCCUUGCAUAUGUUGUGCUUGUAACAUUUAUUUUUCCUUGCUCUUUUCUUGAAUUUGCACUGUGAAGAACAGAGUUUAAGAGAAGUCCAGGGUAUGCUUUUUCUCUAGGGGAUGAUGAUGGUGAAUAGUACGGCUCGUUAGUCAUUUACAACCCAAGAAUGUGCUUAUUUAAUGAUGUCGAUGCUUCUUCCUUUU